CUUGUUUUGUUGCAGAGGCGUUGGAUACACGCGAAGUUCAAAUAACAUUUGAAAGGAGGCUGAACCGACACAGCAGAAGGAGGAAGUCACCUUUGGAAGUUGAGUGAGGCACACCGGUUCUACCUGACAGUCAAACAGAAGAGAGACAGCCGCCGCGGUGCUGGAAGGAAUAUGGCAAGAAGUGCUGCUGACGGCAACCUGAAGCCACUGCUCACCCAGAACGGACUGAAACGGGAAGAUAUCGACAGGAAUGGCUAUCACAGCAAGAGAGAGAAAAAUGGCCCAGGGACUGGUGUCGCCUCCAGGAAGCACAUGCAGGAGUCCUUUGAACAGGCGCCCAUGUAUGUGGCUGUUAUGACAUACCUGGGCUUUGGCAUUGUCACGUUGUUUGGCUACUUCAGAGACUUCCUCAGAGCUGUGGGCUUAGAGAAGUGCCACCUUGCCCAGGAAAGAGAGGAGCAGAAGGAUUUUGUCCCACUUUAUCAAGAUUUUGAGAACUUUUACACUCGUAACCUGUACAUGAGGGUACGAGACAACUGGAACCGGCCUGUAUGCAGUCUGCCAGGACCUGUCUUUGACCUGAUGGAGAGAGUGUCUGAUGACUACAACUGGACGUUUAGGUUUACUGGCAGGACAUUACACAAUGUCAUUAACAUGGGCUCUUACAACUACCUCGGCUUUGCGGAAAACAACGCUGACUUCCUGAAAACUGUGGCUGAUAAAGUGAAUCAGUACGGUGCUAGCGUUUGCAGCACAAGGCAGGAAAUUGGUAACCUGAGCAUCCACGAGGAGCUAGAAGAACUUGUGGCCAAUUUCCUUGGAGUAGAGGCCUCUAUGACUUACGGGAUGGGUUUCGCCACCAACUCAAUGAACAUUCCAGCACUUGUUGGCAAGGGUUGUUUAAUACUAAGCGAUGAGCUCAAUCACACAUCUCUGAUUUUGGGGGCCAGACUGUCAGGAGCAACUAUUCGAGUUUUCAAACACAACAAUAUGCACAGUCUAGAGAAGAUGCUAAAAGAGGCAGUUUGCUCCGGGCAGCCUCGGACCCACAGGCCCUAAAAGAUCUUAAUCAUGGUGGAAGGCAUCUACAGCAUGGAGGGCUCGGUGGUGCGACUCCCUGAUAUCAUCGCUCUGAAGAAGAAGUACAAAGCGUAUCUGUACCUGGAUGAAGCCCACAGCAUCGGGGCCGUGGGACGAUCAGGGCGGGGCGUGACUGAGCUGUUUAAUGUGAACCCAGCUGAUGUGGAUGUGAUGAUGGGGACCUUCACAAAGAGCUUUGGGGCUGCUGGAGGCUAUAUCGCAGGGAAAAAGGACCUGGUGGACUACCUGCGUUGUCACUCUCACAGUGCAGUAUACUCCUCAGCCAUGUCCCCUCCUGUCACCGAGCAGAUCAUACGUGCCAUGAAGUGCAUUAUGGGAAAAGACGGGAGCACAGAGGGCAUUAGACGGAUCCGCCAACUGGCAGAGAACACCAGAUACUUCAGGGCCAGGCUGAAGGAGAUGGGCUUCAUCAUCUACGGCAAUGAUGACUCACCUGUGGUUCCAGUCCUGCUCUAUAUGCCAGGCAAAGUGGUGGCUUUUGCUCGGGAAAUGCUGGAGAGAAAAAUCGGUGUGGUGGUGGUCGGCUUUCCAGCCACACCGAUUACUGAGGCCAGAGCUCGCUUUUGUCUGUCUGCAGCUCACACCAGAGACAUGCUGAACCAGGUGCUGCACCACAUGAACGAGGUGGGAGACGCUCUCUGUCUGAAGUUCUCACGGCGGAAAUAUUGCUCUCGGCCUGACCUCUGCGAUGAGACAGACUUUGAGCUGGACAGCUGAUAUGACCCCUGACACCUUAACUUCACAGUGUCAAAACUAAGCGUCCACCCCACCGCACUCAUAAACACACAACUCCAGGGUAACACCCAUAUCUCACAGCAGAAGAGGGGCCAAAUGUUUGGCAGCUGCUUUUUAUAUAUUUUCUACCACUUUAUGAUUCAACAGAAUUUGUCCUUCUUUAAAAGACAAGGACUACAGAUGGAAAUUAGCAUGAUGCUAAAUCUGGUGCAGCCAUCUUUUUAAUGUAACUGCACGCUGUCCUUUUUCAAAUAAACUUGAAAGAAAGAAAGAAAGAUAAACUGUAUGAACUCUUGAAAUAUUAUUCCUUAUGGCAUUUAUUAUAUGUAACAUUAUUGUACAAGCAUUGCUGGACUGCUCUCAAACUCACACAUGAUGUAAAAAAGUAUUUUAUUUUUUAUGCAUUGACACAUUGUCAGUUCUGGUUAGACGUUAGGCUCCUCUGGAGUCACAUUUGACGACGGGUUUGAAAUUUUAGAUCACAUUUAUUCAAAUUUUUGUCUAUAUUUAGACAUUAAGAACUUAUUAUGGAAGCAUUUUUUUUGCUUCACAUGAAUUAAUACCAGCUACCAUUAAUUAAAAAUGCUGGUAAUUAUCAGAGAAUAAUAAACAGUUGCUGAGAAUAUAAUGUAAAGAGUUCUGUUUACUUAAUUAAAAGUUUUGUCAAAUGUG